AUGGCUUCACCUACCACCGUUCGUCUUCGGCAUCACACCGAACCCACGCUGGCCGCUACCAGGAUGCUCCACGAGGACAUGGACAUGACUCACAGAACACCAACGAAGCCAGCCCGUGACCUAAUCCGCCACCAACCGCAGACGCCUCCGCCUCUCCUGUCGCCGCCGCCUCCUCCUCUCCUGCUGCCGCUGCCUCCUCUCCUCCACUUCUCUCCUCCUUCCGUCGAAGAGCUAACGCGUGGUCACUGUUGUCACUCGCCCCUCUCCUGCUCCCACGUCUUCGACCCCGCCCUCGCCAGCUCCCGAUGCUCUGUCGAGUGGAGAAGAGGGGUGCGGCAGAGAAGGAGACCGGAGGAUGGCGAUGGUGGAAGGAGCAGCAGGGUUGGAGCACCCUGGCCAUCGUACCCAUCCCCAACGCCUCACCCGCUUCCUCCGCACUUCGCCCCGUUCCCCUCCUUCCAUGCUCUCCACUACGCCUCCUGCUCUCCUUCAGUUUUCUCUUUGGCGAUGCUGGCAAAGAAAGUGCACACGAGCGGUGGAUCCGUGCCGGAGAAGGGUGGCGGUGACUGCGCUCCGGUCGUGGUGGGGUGCAGCCACCGGGAAGAUAAAGGUGAGGACUUGUUGGUGAGCUGCUACUACAUCGACUGCGGCAUGAACGAGUUUGCAAUAUUGCCGGCGCAGGUGAGCUACCUAUCUUCUUAACUGCUCUUAUUAAUUCCUUAAGUGAAUAUUCAGUCAUUCGCUGCUUUGCUGUGCUGCUAAUGCAUUUAUCUAAACUGAAUCCGGCGAUGCAUUAUCAGAGGAUCCCGCUUUGAUUUCUUUAUAAAUAAUCUGAUAAUCAUAUACUCCAUCCGUCCCAUAAUAUAAGAGCGUU